ACAAGAAAAUACUUUGCAAAAUUAAUGAAACAUGUUGUUCUACAGUGCAGUUCCUAAAGAGAAGGACAGACAGUGCUUUAAACUUCGCCAAGGAACUGAUAAGAAGAUUGUCAUCUAUGUGCAACAAACAACUAAUAAAGAACUGGCCAUUGAAAGGUGUUUUGGUCUUCUCCUUAGCCCAGGAAAAGAUGUACGAAAUAGUGACAUGCACUUGUUAGAUUUGGAAUCUAUGGGCAAAAGUUCGGAUGGAAAGUCCUAUGUUAUCACUGGGAGCUGGAAUCCAAAAUCUCUACCUUUUCAAGUUGUAAAUGAAGAAACUCCUAAAGAUAAAGUGCUGUUUAUGACCACAGCUGUUGAUUUGGUAAUAACAGAAGUACAGGAGCCUGUUCGAUUUCUCAUAGAGACAAAAGUCCGUGUUUGCUCACCUAAUGAAAGAUUAUUCUGGCCCUUCAGCAAACGUAGUACUACUGAAAAUUUCUUUUUGAAACUAAAACAGAUAAAGCAGAAGGAGAGAAAGAACAAUACUGACACUUUAUAUGAAGUUGUGUGCUUGGAAAGUGAAUCAGAGAGAGAGAGGAGGAAAACUACAGCCAGUCCCUCAGUUCGCCUGCCACAGUCUGGAUCUCAGAGUUCAAUGAUACCUUCUCCUCCAGAAGAUGAUGAAGAGGAAGAUAAUGAUGAACCUCUCUUGAGUGGAUUUGGUGAUGUAUCCAAAGAAUGUGCAGGAAAAAUUCUUGAAACAUGGGGAGAACUUCUGUCAAAAUGGCAUCUCAACUUGAGUGUGAGACCAAAGCAGUUGUCAUCCUUAGUAAGGAGCGGUGUUCCUGAAGCUCUGCGAGGAGAAGUCUGGCAGCUGCUAGCAGGUUGUCACAACAACGACCACCUGGUAGAAAAAUACCGAAUUCUCAUUACAAAGGAGUCUCCCCAGGACAGUGCUAUCACUCGGGAUAUUAACCGGACAUUCCCAGCUCAUGACUAUUUUAAGGACACAGGAGGAGAUGGACAAGAUUCCUUAUAUAAAAUAUGCAAGGCAUAUUCUGUGUAUGAUGAAGAGAUUGGCUAUUGCCAGGGCCAGUCAUUUCUCGCUGCUGUUCUGCUUCUCCAUAUGCCUGAAGAACAGGCAUUCAGUGUUCUGGUCAAGAUCAUGUUUGACUAUGGUCUCAGGGAACUUUUCAAGCAAAACUUUGAAGAUUUACAUUGCAAAUUUUACCAGUUGGAGCGCCUCAUGCAGGAAUACAUCCCUGACCUGUACAACCACUUCCUGGAUAUAAGCCUUGAAGCGCACAUGUAUGCCUCCCAGUGGUUUCUUACACUUUUCACUGCAAAAUUCCCUCUCUACAUGGUCUUCCAUAUCAUUGACCUGCUUUUAUGUGAGGGAAUAAGUGUGAUUUUUAAUGUCGCCCUUGGAUUAUUAAAGACUUCUAAGGAUGACUUGCUGUUGACAGACUUUGAAGGUGCCUUGAAGUUCUUCAGGGUUCAGCUUCCUAAGAGAUACCGCUCAGAAGAAAAUGCAAAAAAACUAAUGGAAUUAGCUUGCAGCAUGAAGAUUAGUCAGAAGAAGUUGAAAAAAUAUGAAAAAGAGUAUCACACCAUGAGGGAACAGCAGGCCCAACAAGAAGACCCUAUCGAGCGAUUUGAGCGGGAGAACCGGCGUCUACAAGAAGCUAACAUGAGGUUGGAACAGGAAAACGAUGACUUAGCCCAUGAGCUGGUGACCAGCAAGAUUGCGCUGCGGAAGGACCUGGAUAACGCUGAAGAGAAGGCAGAUGCACUCAAUAAGGAGCUGCUUAUGACCAAACAGAAGUUGAUUGAUGCUGAAGAAGAGAAAAGACGGCUGGAAGAUGAGUCCGCUCAGUUAAAAGAAAUGUGUCGUCGGGAACUUGACAAAGCAGAAUCUGAGAUUAGAAAAAACAGUUCUAUCAUUGGUGACUACAAGCAGAUUUGUUCUCAGUUGAGUGAAAGAUUGGAAAAGCAGCAGACAGCUAAUAAAGUGGAAAUUGAGAAAAUCCGGCAAAAAGUGGAUGACUGUGAGCGCUGCCGGGGAUUUUUCAACAAAGAAGGUCGCAUAAAGGGCAUGAGCUCAGCUAAGGAAGUUUUAGAUGAGGACACUGAUGAAGAGAAGGAGACACUCAAGAACCAGCUGAGAGAGAUGGAACUGGAGCUGGCGCAGACCAAGCUGCAGUUGGUGGAGGCCGAGUGUAAGAUCCAGGACUUGGAGCACCAUUUAGGCCUUGCCCUAAAUGAGGUGCAGGCUGCCAAGAAGACGUGGUUUAACCGAACACUGAGCUCCAUAAAGACAGCAACGGGGGUUCAAGGGAAAGAGACUUGCUGAGUGAAGCGGCUGCCUCCAGACACCUUCAGAAAACACGACACCUUUUGUUGCCUUCUUUGGCCAGAUGUGUGAUUCUGUGACGUGUCCCAGGACCAGGAUGUAUCUAAGUCAGAUCCGUAGAAGCAUGUUGGUAGGUCAUUGGACCAGAGCUCGUGAAGCAGGCAGCCUCUGGGGUAAGGCUCCCCUAACUACUGAUGCUAACAGGCCUGCUGGCUGUAUGACGCUCUGGACGCGCUCUGGGAAACCAUCCUCGGUGUGAGCAGCCAGGCCUCUCUCCCUGGUGGGGGUCACAACCUCACCCAGCCCAAGGACUGAGUUGACAUUGUCAGAGUUGGGGAUCCUUCAGGCUUUUGGUUUUUUUCUAAACCUUUAAUCUUUUUUUUUUUAAUAUACAUAUUAUAUGUAUUGCCGGGGGGGUGCCAGGGGAUCAGUAACUCAGUUCUUCUCUACUUCAGUGCCAGCAUAGGGUCCUCCAGGUAGACAUGGAGAAGCACUUCGUUUUCAAUAGGAGGGUUUCCUGAUUGUAGUCGCAGCCACCUAGUUUUGUUAAACUACACGAUGCACAGGUUUUGGGUUUGGCAUUAUUCACGUUUCUGAUCAAUUCUAUGCAACUCUCGUAGUUCCUGUUGUUCUUUAGUGUUAGCUGCCAAAACUUCACGGGGCUGGGCUGGGUGACUUGACUGACGUGAGACAGGAUUAAUCAUAACAUGGACAAAUCUUAUUUUGCUUCAUGUGUCGUGUGUGUGUGUGUAUAUAUAUAUAUAUAAAUAUCUUUUCCCAGUGCGCCCAACUGACAGUGUUUAAAUCCCAGACUAAGACUCAUCUGCACAAGGUAAUUAUGUGGAUAUCUGGGCACUUGAUCUCACUCCGGGUUUGUUGGGUUCCCCUUCUUCCCUGCCCUCACAAGAGCUGGGAAAUGUUCCCUCACUAAAAGGUUCCUAGUGUUUUUGCACAACAGGUCAUACAAGCGAGAAAGACACUGCACUGUGUGUGUGUGUUUGUGUAAACGCAUGUGCGGGAUGAGCGUGCCGAGGCCCCGUCCUGCCGGCCCGUGUCCCUCCCCAGAGUGUGGCUGGGUGCAGACCUCGCUGUUCAGAUGGACUGCAGGUUCUCACUUCAAAACUAUGGAAUGGAGGUUUUAGCACCUUUAAAAAAAUAAAAUAAAAUAAAUAACCUAGUCUUUUAAUUUAUAUAGCGGUAUGCUGACAGGCUGGCGCCGGGGGUCUCGUGUCUGCGCGCAGGAGCUAUUCUAAGAGGCACUGGUCUGCGUAUAAAGAUACUUGGCUUGUUUUGUAUCUCUUUUCCCGGUGGCUGGCCUAGCGCUUGCUGAGGUCAUCUGUGAUAAGGGAGGUGACAAGCGGCAAACCCCCCCCCCACCACACCCUCCACCGCUUUGUGUCUUUCUUGUUCAGUUACCGAAACAGCUGUAAGCCCAUCUAAAACUAGGUGCGUGGACAUUGUGCUAGGGUAGUUCCAUUGUGUCAACUUUAUGAAUUGAAAUAUAAACCAGUAAAAUUGUAUUACUAUUCCUUUGGUUGGUUUUAUUUUAACAGCAUAUUCAUUAAAUAUUUUGGUACAAAGAG